AUAUCUAUGCUUGGAUUGACGAAGCUUGGUUGACUUUCUGACCCUUUUAUAUCCUCCUCUUCCUCUCUAGUUUCUCCCAUCCACACCAAAAAAACAAAAAAAACAAGACACCAACCAAAGUUUCAGUUUCUCUCUAUUCUAACGUUGUUGAAUGGCAGUAGAUCUGGCAAAUAUUAGGAUGGAAGAGAAUAUGGCGAUUCAAGAAGCAGCUUCCGCUGGGUUGAAGAGUAUGGAGCAUCUGAUUCGCGUCCUUUCUUCUCAAAUCCCUUCUGCUUCGUCUUCUUCUUCUAACGCACACCACCACCGUCUUAAUCUCAACCACCUUGACUGCGCGGAAAUCACCGACUUCACUGUCUCCAAGUUCAAACAAGUCAUCAACUUGUUGAAUCGCACCGGCCACGCUCGCUUUCGUCGCGCACCUUCUCAUCCUUCUCCUUCAAUUUCUCCCUCUCAAACUCAACUUCAGCCACAACCACAACCACCACAGACGCUGACUCUUGAUUUUGCAAAACCUGUUAUGGUAAAGUCAAAUCCCAACCCUAACCCUUCUUCUACCGAUUUGUCGGUUUCUCAAUAUUCUAAGACCAAGGACACAACCACCUUUAGUAUAUCCCCUCCCAUGUCCACCACCACUUCUUCCUUCCUGUCAUCCAUCACCGCCGACGGCAGCGUCUCUGACGGCAAGAUCGGCCCCGCCAUCCUCGCCGCCGGCAAGCCUCCUCUCUCCUCAUCCCACCGGAAAAGGUGUCACGACGCCACUCUCUCCGCCGGAAAAGCCUCUUCCUCCGCUCACUGCCAUUGCUCCAAGAGAAGGAAAUCUCGUGUGAAACGAAUGAUACGUGUGCCGGCGAUAAGUUCGAAGAUUGCCGAUAUCCCAGCGGACGAGUACUCGUGGAGAAAGUAUGGUCAAAAACCAAUCAAGGGAUCACCUUACCCACGAGGGUAUUAUAAGUGCAGUAGCGUGAGAGGGUGUCCGGCGAGGAAGCACGUGGAGCGAGCCCAGGAUGACCCCAACAUGCUCAUCGUUACCUACGAGGGAGAGCACCGUCAUCCGCAACCGCGUCUGCCGGAAACUUCUGCCGGCGCCGCCGCGGAUUUUGUCUCUCAGCCUGUUUAAGCGAGGGAGGAGAUCGGCAAAGCAUGGCACCGACAGAGAUGAGUGAUUUUGCAAUUAACGGGGGGAAAGAAAAAGAAGGGAACUUCUUGCAAGCGAGGGAAAGAAAAGAAAAAGAAGCCAAGUCAACUUUUGCUUUGUUGUGGACCAAAAGAGUCGUCUACUGGAUGGAUAAGGACUUUUAUGUAAAUUUGACAAAAAAUUAUGAAAUACUAUACUUAGACAUGUUUUUUUGUUCUUAUUUAAUAGACAUUCAUUCA